AAAUAUAUAACGACUUAUCAGUUAUCUACCGGUGUCAAGUCGAUUUUCUCACCACAUGCAAGGUCAUUAGAAACGCCUGAGAACAUGUCAGUGUUACAGAGGAUUUGUGCUCCAAUUAACAGACAGCUCACACAACUGACAUCAAGAACAUUUUCUACACUGCAGCAAUGUUGUGUUAAACAGGGAGCUGGUCAUAUGCAGAGUACACAUUCUAGCAGACAAGGAACAAGUCAAUUUUCUCAGAUUUCUGGCUCAAACUUUAGUACCAGUCUGUUUUCACGCUGUAUGGCAACUCUAUCAUGCAUGCAUCGAUCUGGACCGCGGUGGAAAAAGAAAGCGCCUAGGUCUGCAGUGUUAGAAGGUGCACCUCAAAAACGUGGUGUAGUUAUAAAAGUUAUGAUUAAAAAACCUAAGAAACCAAACUCUGCUAAUCGUAAAUGUGUUCGUGUGAGAUUGACCAACGGACAAGAAGCAACUGCAUAUGUGCCUGGUGAAGGACAUAAUUUACAAGAACACAGCAUAGUUUUGUGUAGGGGAGGCAGACUUAAGGAUGUGCCUGGUGUGAGAUUGAAAUGUGUACGUGGCAAAUAUGACUUAGCUCAUGUGAAGAAGAAAGUUAUGUAAAUGACAAGAGACGGAAUGAAUAUGAUUAUUUCAAGGUGUUAGCUGUUCAAAACAUGAGAGCUGAAUUGAGAUAUGUUUAGUACAUUUCAUUGUACAACUGUUUUGAAAAAAUGGAUGGAUUGUGUGAUGGCAUGUGCUUCUGUCUGUCCUCCUGUAUAUCUUUUUUGCAUAUUUCUUGUCUGAAGCGUAACUUGAUAACUGUUCAAGAUAUUUACUUCAAACUUAGCAUAUAGAUAGGUGGCGAUGAGAUGAUAUGCAGAGCGCAUGAGGUUAAAAUUGUCUUCAUAUUUCCUGGCUGGAAAGUAACUUAAUAAACAUUCAAGAUACUGUCUUUUAACUUGGUCUGUAAGUAGAUGGGGAUGAGCCAGUAUGUGGAAGGCAUGAACUGGGAUGGCACCUCAGGUUAAAGCAAUGUCAUAUCUGUCUGUUAUAUUUCAUUUCCAUAGCAUAACCUAAUAACCAUUCAAACUAUAGACUUCAAACUUGGACUGCAUAUUGCAUAAACCAUAUGGAUAGGUUAAAGGUUAAGGUCACAAAUUGAUCUUAGAUGUCAAAUCUGUCUAUCAUCUUUCAUGUCCAGAGCACAACUUGUAACCUGUACAAGGUAUUGACUUUAAACUAAAAGUUUCUUGUGCGUUAAUAUUUUGCCACACAAAAUCCCCCUCCUGUCCUACCCCCACCCACCCCACAUUACAUCCCCUCCCCCUGACACACCCAAAAAAUUUCUUUGAACUUUAUUUCUGCCUCUGAUCUUAAACUUCAUGCAUAUAUUGCCCAGCUUUGCAGAGCUCUUGCUUCAAAAUUAAGUUGAAUUAAACAUUAAAUAUAUGGUAUUAUGCAUUUUGGUCAAUUCGAUAAAUAAUGAUUUAAAACAUUUUGACAGACUGUGAGAAAUGUGACUCAUAAUUCACUCUGUCAAAGAUGGCCAGAUGUAUCUAAGCUGACAUGUGUAUAUCUCCAGAUGUAUCUUAGAUCUCCAGAUGUAUCUAUCUUUACAUGGGGCAUGUCUCCAGAUGUAUCUAAGUUGACAUGGGCAUGUCUUCAGAUGUAUCUAAGUUGACAUGGGGCAUGUCUCCAGAUGUAUCUAAGUUGACAUGGGCAUAUCUACAGAUGUAUCUAGGUUGAUGUGGGUAUGUCUAUAGAUGUAUCUAGGUUGAUGUUGGUAUGUAUCCAGAUGUAUCUAAGUUGAUGUGGGUAUAUCUCCAGAAAUAUCUAUCUUUACAUGGGGUAUAUCUCCACAUGUAUCUAUCUUUACAUGGGGUAUAUCUCCAGAUGUAUCUAAGUUGACAUUGGCAUGUCUUCACUUCAGAUGUAUCUAAGUUGACAUGGGGCAUGUCUCAAGAUGUAUCUAAGUUGACAUUGGCAUGUCUACAGAUGUAUCUAGGCUGAUGUGGGUAUGGUUACAGAUGUAUCUAGGUUGUUGUGGGUAUGUAUCCAGAUGUAUCUAGGUUGAUGUGUGUAUGUCUACAGAUGUAUCUCGGUUGUAGUGGGUAUGUCUCUAGAUGUAUCUUAACUUUACAUGGGGCAUGUUAUAUGUAUCUAAGUUGACAUUGGCAUAAGUAUCUAAGUGUCUUUACUCUGUCAGAGAUGGCCGGAUGUAUCUAAUUUGACAUGGAUAUAUCUCCAGAUGUAUCUAAGUUGACAGGGGGCAUGUCUCCAGAUGUAUCUAAGUUGACAUGGGCAUGUCUACAGAUGUAUCUAAGUUGAUGUGGGUAUAUCUCCAGAUGUAUCUAUCUUUACAUGUGGCAUGUCUCCAGAUGUAUCUAAGUUGAAACGAGCAUGUCUUCAGAUGUAUCUAAGUUGAUAUGGGUAUACCUCCUGAUGUAUCUAAGUUGACAUGGGCAUUUCUACAGAUGUAUUUCAGUGGACAUGGGUACAUCUCCAGCUAUACGUAUCUUAGUGGAUGUAUGCAUGUCUCCAGAUGUAUCUUAAGUUGACAGGGCAUGUCUCCAUAUGUAUCUAAGUGGAAAUUGGCAUGUCUCCAGAUGUAUCUAAUUGGACAUGGGCAUGUUUCCAGAUGUAUCUGAAGUUGACAGGGCAUGUAGUGUGUUUGCUUAGAGCUAAAAUUUUUUGGUCCCAUGCAAAUGGAAAAAAGAUUAAUGGCAACAUAUACUAAUAUGUUCGGUAAUGUUUGAAGUUCAUUUUAAGUCAUGUCGCCAGUCUCAGUUCCGCGACUGGACCAGUUUAUGAUGUCAUCAAAAUGGCGGCCAUUUUUUAAAUUAAUUUAUCAUCAUCUUCAAAUGAUAGAUCAGAGUUGUUUGUUUUUGAUGCUAAAAAUGGGUUUUAUGUUAUUAACGUCGUACAAUACAUAAUUCUCUUGCAUGAGCUUAUUUUGAAUAAAACAAACGUCAUUUAUACAAUUUUAAAGCUAUACAAUGCCCAUAUCUCAUAUUUGAAGAUAUGAACAAUUUCUGGAUAUUAUCUAUGCAAUAAUGAAAUAAUGUUUGUGAGUAUACAUGUACAGUCGAGACUGUUUUAAGAGACCGACUUUGGGAAGCAGCGAAUAAGGUCACAUAUGACAGGGAGUCUCUUAAAACAGUCACACUUAACAGGAUGACGCUGGUUUCAUAUAUUUUUCCAAUUAAAGUUAUGAAUAUCGGAUACUUAUAUAUUGGCCUCUUUUAAGGUAGGAGUGGAAAAUGAUUAAAUACUAUUUCUUUAAUUGCAUAUUGAUAAAAUAUAAAUUUCAAAUAAUUUGCAUCAUUCGUAUGAUGUUGAUAAAACAAAUUUAAGCUCAUGAUCUGGCAAGAAAAUAAAGAAAUAAAGUGGAGCAGUAAAAUAUAAAUGUUCCAUUUGAACUAUUUACACACUGAGGUUUAUGAUAUUUAUAUUUUUGUGUACUAAUUGUUCAUUGACAUUUAUUUGAUUAUUGACUGCAUCUUUAAUCUUUGUUUACUUCGUCGUUUCCUGUUAAAUACCGCCAUAUUUUUGUUUCACCAGGAAUAAAGUUAAUUUGUGCACCGACUCCGAAUUCUUCAGCGACUUUAUACGCUGGUUUUCCCUAAUCGAGCAAUUCAAGUGCCUUAACACGCUGUUCUAAUGUCAAAACAGUUCUUUUUUACGUUUUUCAUCAGCCAUUUUUUGUAAACAAAUAAGUUCUCGUCUCAAACAACUUCACGCGAGAUAAAGAACGGUAACUCUUGCGAGGGAGCGUCUCAAAGUCGCUGAAAACGGUCUAAAUAUCGAUUCGGGAGCCCGGUUUCACAGUCGCUUGUCGCGUAAGGCAGGGGUUGCUUAAUCCAGACUCUUUUAAUAGUAAAUUGCGUCCGGAGCAUAAAAUAGGGUCGCAUAUGACAGGGAGUCGCUAAAUUCAGGGGGUCGUUAAGGCAGUCUUGACUGUAGUUUGUUCGGUUUAAAUACUACAUAUACUUAAAAAUGUACAAACAAAACAGUAGGAAUGCUGCUAAAAAUCUGGAAGUUUGUUUGGAAUAAAUAGCUGUUACUACAUA